CGGGAUUCGGCAUCUGAGACACAACUCGAACAGAGCACGGGACCGUCGCUUGUCCUCCGCUCCCAAGUCAUCUCCACACUAACACUCGGGCGAGGGGGUGAGACAAUCACCAGCCCCGCACCAACACCGUCACCCUGGCUUUCUCCACCUACGCCUCCACCUUCACCUCCAGCUUCACCUCCACCAUGGUCCGCAUCAAUGUGGCGUCGCUGCCGAAGCCAUGCGGAUGCAGCCCAAGCGAGACAUGCAAGCUAUGUGAGCCAUGUGAUAGCCCUCAGGAGUCCAGCGGCUGUCACUCAGCGUCCGAUGUGCUUCUUGUGCUGUUUGUGGUGUUCCUGAAGGUUGUAGCAGCGGCCUCCGUCGUGGUGGGCGCUGUGCCGCUGUUCCGCUGCAUCGACCUCUUGCUCUUGGACUACUGGCUCAUCGUCAACGGAAUCACCGCGCUGGGCGCCCUGGCGGGGCUGAUGGUGUGGAGCAACAAGAUGGCAACAGGUCGCUUCAUCAACGGCCCCAAGGUGCUGGCCUCCCUGCUCUUCGCCCUGCACUUCACCUGGCUGCUCCUGGGCAACAUCCUUGUGGUGGCCGCCUACGUCACGUGCGGCCAGAACACGUUCCUGGGCACAAUCUCCUGCACCUCCUGGUACCUCCACUUCGCCCUCGUCGUCAUCAUCAUCUUCGACAUUGCGUACAUUGUCCUGUUCGUGUUCUUCUGCCUCGCCUGCAACAGCGACAGCGGCGAGGAAGGCUGGACCCACCCGGCCCUGGGGGAGAGCGGCUGCUGUGCUCGUCCCUCCUGCCUGUCUACUUUCUACGGCGUCCACUGCAGUCUGAGUUGGCAGGAGUGGGUCAUCCUGCUGGUGCUGGUGGGCUACACGCUCCUGGCCAUAGUGUCCCUGGCCCUGGGCUCCGUCUUCCUCGGCAUGUGCUCCGACGACGUCUGGGAACCGCUCUGGCUCAUCGUGCACGGUGUGGUGACGCUGGUGACCUUCUCCACGGCUCUGUGCUGCUGCUUGUUCCCGAACUGGGUGGAGAUUUCUUGGUCCCGGAGUAACUUCACCGUCUUCCUGCCUCUGCUCAUCCUAGGGCUGAUCGAGGUGCUGUGGAUUGCUUACGGCAACUCUCAGGCCAUAAGGUACCUGGUCCUCAGUUGCCCCACGAACGGCAUCUGCAACGGCGGCCUGCAAGUCUUCACCCUCGUGCUGCUCGCCUUGCUGGACCUCCCCUUCCUCGUCCUUACCUACGUUGGUAUCAUAUUCUUCAUCCUAAUAACCAUCCUGCUAAUUAUCAGCGGCUGUUACGUCUGUUGUCAUAAGGAUAAUGAUGAUGAGGAGGAGGAGGAUGCUUGUGAGAAUGAUGUCUCUAACGAUGACUCCAGUGAUGAUUGCUCCGGGGAUAUUGGCGCCAGUGGUUGUACCCCAAGCGAUGGUGACCCCGGUGAUGAUAACGCCGGUGAUAAUAACGCCUGUGAUGAUGACCCCGUUGAUGAUGACCCCGGUGAUGAUGACCCCGAUGAUAACAGCAACAAAGACUAAGACAUGAAAAAAUAUGCCUCGGGAUGGUCUCGGCAAGUGGUUCUCGACUAGUUAAAGAUCAUCAAUAUAUUUCUUAAAUAAAAAUAAUAUAAUGAAUGGCCAAUUGUCAAUUAUGAGUUUUCAAUAAAUCUAAAAUAAUAUACAUUCAUUUUCCAGUUUAUUACCAAAUACAGUGGUCGUCUUAUGGACCCCCAAAAAAGUCACCAUGGCCCACCAGUUGAAGACCACUGCUCUAGGCCAACCAUGAGAGUGUUGUCUGCGACCCAUAGUGUUGGUUUUAAUUUUACUGACUUGAACUUUUUGUCCCCCUUCCCUACCCUCUCUUUAAUGUGUAUUGACCUUUCGUGGUAAUUCCUAAUGUGUUAGUAUUUAUUGUAAAAGAUUCCACCGAUUUAAUGUGGGAAGGUUCCUUGUCCUGUGGAAGCAAGAAAUUGUAAAAUUAAGUUUAACUAUCUUAUUUAGUCUCAAACCUCAACCCAUACAGACCAAAAGAAGGCCUUUGUAGAUACUAUUUAAACUAUGCAUGUAAUUCGUAGAACAAUGUAGAGGAGUGCACGCUCCGAGCCAAUGGCAUUCACCACACUUGGACAGGCGAGUUCUGGGCUGCCGCGCCAAGGCCUGGACACAGCCCUUGGUCACCGGCCUUGCCAGUGCAGGUUCCUUAUGACACAGCUGUUAAGGCUUUAUGCAGCCAAUAAUAAAACAUUAAAGAAUAUA